UCUUGGUUGAUAUAUUUAACAAAUGUUUACAAAUGAGAUAUUUUCCUUUCUAAGCAUUACAUUUUUCUUACAUCAUUAUUUGUACCUGUACAUAUACGAAAAAUCACGCGUGUACAUAUCAUUAUGUAAAGCAGUAUAGCUUUUCCUAACACAGAACACCUACGUAUAAUAAAUUAAUUCAAUGUUUGAAAUGAUACUGAUAAAGGAAUAAAAAUAAUCUUAUGUUUAAGUACCUAAGAGACUACCACCCUGCUCUGAGGAAACUGUUCCAGGUUAGUGUAGCAUUGUCACCAUUAUUGAUGGCGCAACUUCAAAACCAUUUCGCAUCCACGGAAACGCAAACUGGAACACGCUGUUUCCACACAUACCCAAUGUCAAGUUUAUAUCAUAUGCUUCCCUUCCAAUCUUGAGUUCCAACCAGGCCAGAUGGGGCAACCCAAGUUAUCGAUCAAACAUUGGAUGCGACGGGUCAGUUCUAGAACUUGAACGGUUUCAGUGCUUGGUUUAACAUCUGUGGGUAAGGAGUGCAAGAUUGAAAAAUGGACAACUUCCAGAAUACCAGCGAAGAUCCAGCGAUCCGAAAAAGAUUUUCUGAAAACAUCAUGGAUAUACUGCGACCACUGUCGAGAAUAGAAAUGCCACAACUGGAUAGCCAGGAUGACGCAGCGUCCGAGUAUAGCACCCUGUCGGAACCGUUUUCCGAUCUGGAUGAGUCCUAUAUUCUGCUGGAUCAGAGGAAAAAGAAGUCCGACGGAGAUACCGGGGACGAGAUGCUGCUAAAUCAAUUUACUCCGGAGUUUCGACGAGCGUACGACGAAAUGAUGGUUGCCCGGCAGGAGGGCAAAGUGGAAGAGGAGCCGGAGUUCUUGGUGGAUGAAGGAGAAAGAGAACCAGGUCUGGAACAGGCACUGCUGUUGGAAGAUCCAGGGGAGUUGAGUCCGCAGUUUAAGGAACUUAUCGAGGAUUUGCUGAAAAAGUGUGAGCUCAAUUAUCACCUGGAGGAGAAGAAGAAAAGGGACGCUCAAAAGAAAAAAGACCGCCGUGUGCGACGAGCCCCCUCGAGUGAAUCAAUUGGCCUGCCCGACACCGAUAGCCUUUCCGGCGUGUGGCGCAUGCUGGAUGCCGUUUCGGUCGACAACGGAUUCCCAAUGUCCCACAAUUACUACAACCUGUACGACGAUCGACGCUUCGAUUGGCUUACCCGAGACGAAGUGCCGUGGGAUCAAAUUGAAGCCUCGAGGAAAAAGUGCGAACAGUGGCUGCUUAAGUUGAGCCCCACGAAGCAUGAAGCCAAAUGAAACGACCACGAGUAAAAACGAAGGGGGAUUAAAGGCAUAAUAGACACAUCAA